CAUUCACACGUGCUCCAUUAUGCUCAAAAUUGUUCAUUUUUGUCUCUUUUCUCUUCUCUUCCUCCAGUCUGUUCUCUCUCUUUAUGAAGAUCAAGUCGGUUCCUUUGAUUGGCAUAGGAGGUUUCUAGGUCACGUGACCUGGUCUUCAUUAGAGCAAUCAACCGGGGGUAGAAGAAAAGUCUUACUAGGGGGCCCCCAGGGGGUCAUCGGAGCUGUUAAUGCAGGGCCUGGAUCUAUUGCCUGGCGACAAGAGUUGGGUGGACCCAUUUAUGAAAUAUUACAUCAUCAGUCUACGCUCAUCACUGUGUCAGGUGAUAGUCACAUGCUACUCAAAGCCUGGCACACUGACACUGGAAUAUUUAAAUGGGAAGUUCCCUUAUCCUCUAGAGCCACACCCACAAAUCAAUGGCCAUCCUCUGCUAAUUGGAGGCCUAAUGGGGUAUCAGUGAUAGCGUGUGGAGUUAAAAAAGAUCAGAUAGCUGUUAGUAGUGGUGGUAUACUCUCAGUUCAUUCGUUAAGAUCUGGCAAGGAACUAUGGAAUAUGCAGCUGGAUUCUGAUGGUUUGUUGUGUCAUAUGGAGUCAUCUGGUGGUGAGAUUGAGCUGGUUUAUCUUUUGAACGGAGAACUCAAGUUUGAAAGGAUCAGUAUGAGCAAUAGGGAAUCAAAAGUUUAUAAGAACGUCAAUGCUCAAUGGUUAACGUUAGAUACUCAGUGUACUGUCACUGAUGGUGGGCUGGUUGUGUGCUGGUCUUCAUCAUCAAAACAGUUUUAUUUACUGAAAACUGAUUCAACAUCAUUCGAACCACUCAAUAUGGAGGAUAAUUUGUCUUCAUUGUUAUCAAGUGAAGUAUCAAUUACUGAAAUAACUGGAGAAGAUAAUUACUUACUAGUUGAUGAUACACACAUUGUGUCUAUUGAUGAUUCAUCAUUGAAGCUAUCAUUAUAUUGUACUGGUUGUAAGAUGGGCACUGGCUUUAAUGAGAGAGGUGACACUGCUGGCGUGGUGGUGAAGUGGGGCGGGUCUAAUGGAGGAUUGGUAGUGACUCCAUCCAUUAAUAACGAGAAAGGACAAACUUUUACUGUUCAAUCUAGCGUUGAACGAGGAGGUGUGGUCAAGAUUGAUGUAUUCAUAUUAUCAAAGUCUGUGACUGAUUUGUCCUGGAGAGCAGUUGUAUUUAGAGAUGACUCUAGCGUUAGUUUCAUAUCAAGCAAUGGUGAGCUAGUCUGGUCCAGAGAGGAAGGACUGGCGAGUAUCGUUGCCAUGGAGAUGAUGGAUCUACCUUCGUCUCAAUCUGCUGCCGAGGGAUUUCUCUCCCUCCUUGAAGAGGACUCGAACCCGUUCCUUUUAGCUUAUAAACGGGUUAACUUCCAGUUGGGACUGGCCCGUCAGUUUAUAGAAGAUGUUAUUAAAAGAGGUGUGGCUUCUAUUAUUAAACCAGUGAGCAGCGAGGAGCUAUUAAGGGAUGAAUUCAACACUCGUAAAGUGAUUGUAGCCAUUACCAGUUAUAAUACAAUUUAUGGAAUUGAUUCCUUAAAAGGUAAAGUUGUCUGGCAGCUGUACCUGCCUAAGCUCCUCCCACUAAUUAACGAAGUCUACAUCCUUCGUUCAUCAGUCCAUCCACCUCACCCUCCACUGGCGGCCAUUGUAGGCGUGGCUCCUCAUUGUACUGGCUCUGUCGUCAUUGAGUUUAAUCCUAUCAGCGGAGAACUGACCAAUCAGAAUUGUCUACCAUACUCUGUAAAGCAAGUAGUGUUACUACCAAUGACUGAUCCCACCCACCAGCGGAAAUUGCUCUUUAUCAGUCAAGAUGGAGCCAGCCAUUGCUAUGGCAGUGAUUGUGGAUUACAGUCUACAACACCUGUGUUUUUGUAUACUGCCGAUAUUAAUAGUGGGACACUAGAGGGCGCGGCUAUUACAAGGGCGGAGUCUUUACCAAUACCAGCAUGGAGGACUGUUAUUCCAAAAAAUGAGAAGAUAUUAAAAGUUAUCAACAAUCGUUACGGCCACACCCACUCGUUAGGACGGGUUAGGUAUGAUCGCAGUGUCCAAUACAAAUACCUUAACCCUCACUUGGUUGCUAUGGCAACCCAAACAAUCGGCCAAUCAAAACCUAAUAUUAAUAUUUAUUUAUUGGAUGUCGUCAAUGGGGGAGUGGUCCAUCAUGUGACCCACAAGCAAGCAACGACUCCUGUUAAUAUUGUAUUGUGUGAGAACUGGAUUGUGUAUACUUAUUAUAACAUAAAAGCUUAUCGGACCGAACUUGUCGUCACGGAACUUUACGACCCAAGGAAUGAAACAGAGUCCAUUUGGUCUUCACUGACUCCUCCUACACUUCCUCUUGUUACCAGUCAGAGCUACUUGCUUGGAACUGGUAUAGUUAGUCUGUCAGUUACAGCAACACAAAGAGGAAUAACUCACAGAGAUCUGCUUUUAGGAUUAUCUUCCGGACACAUUGCCUCUCUAGAUAAGGAAAUAUUGGAUCCCAGGAGGAAUAUAACUCCAAACCAAGAAAUGAUGGACGAAGGACUGCCCAUUUAUAUUCCACUGAUUGAUUUCAGUGCAAAGAGACUAAUCAAUUACAAUCAAACUGUGACUAAUAUCAGAAGCAUAGUGACCAGUCCCACGGGAUUAGAAUCAACGUCACUCGUAUUUGCAUACGGACUGGAUUUAUAUUUAACUCGCGUGACUCCAUCAAAGCAGUUCGAUGUCCUAGCGGAAGAUUUUGAUUACAAGUUAAUUGCACUUGUUGUCGGAGGACUCACUCUAGCUACGAUUGUCUCCUCUCGACUGUCCGCUAGAAAAAUGCUUAGUUUGCUUUGGCAAUAAAAUAAACUAAUUUUUCCGUGUGUAAAUUUAAUCAUUAAUCUGUUAGCUUAA